AAAGAACAAAAAAAUUUAAUAAAAAAACUAAUUAAAAAAAAUAAACAACAAUCAAAAAGGUAAACACUCUUUAGCACUCCAAAAAUAAUAUUAACAACAAAUAAGAGAAAUUUAUUUCUUUUCGGACCUUAAGCACUUUUCUUGUUUCAGAAAUCCCAACUAAGCUCAACAAUGAUCUAAACUUCUUUAUUGAAGUAAUAUUUUUCAUAAGGAGGAGGCUAUAUUAACUUUGAAGAGAGAUCUUCUACCUGCCUAAAAAACAAUCUUUAAGUUUAAAUUUUCAAUAACUAGGAUUUGAAAUCAUCCUAAGAAAAAAUGCCUGCUUAGACAUAGAAUACUUGCUAUUUUAAUUAAACAGAUAGUAAAAAGAAGCAAAGAAAACCAUUAGUUUAUAAAAGCAAUAACUUUUUUUAAGAACAAAGCGAAUCAAAUGUUAGUUCUACUUGCUAACAAAUUGAUAUAAAAAAAGCAGAUAUAAAUGAAUAAAUAAUAAAUUCAAAUAAAAAUUUAAGUGAGGCAAAUCAAAAAUAAGGCGAAAGACAGACAACAUCGCUAUAAACUCAAGAAUGUAAUUCCUUUGAUAAUUCAAAUCAAAAUAUUUCAUUGCUUUAGAAAAUAAAAAAUUAAAUCUAACAAGAGUUAAACGUAAUUUUAUAGUUUUAAUGCAUCUAAUAAUUGCAAAACUUUACCAAUAGUUUAGGCAUGAAAUUAAAUUUCUAAUAAAAGCAUAUUAAUAUGUGCUGCUUAAAUUUUCUAUCAUUAUGUGUUUCUUAAAAGAUUUUCUAAGACAUCUUAAAUAAUAAUAAAAACAUCCACUAGAAAAAAUGUUAAAUGAGAUACAGGAAGUAUAAAUAUUAAAAAAAAUAAGAUUAAGAAUAUGAAAUAAAAGAAGUUUAAGAAGCUCCUUAUACAGUUCAUUUAAAUGACAUACCUUAAGAUUUAGGUGAUUGGAAUAGCUUUGAAAUAAAAAAAUUAGACGAGACUGAUUCAUUCAAUGAAGAAGACUCUUCAAGAGAUGAAAAUGACUCUUAAUACAUCGAACAAAACUUUCCCUUAUUACAAGUUGAGUAAAAUCUAAAAACUAAAGAUGAACAGAUAUAAACAUGCUCUGAUUAAAUUAAUACAAAAAGUGAAGAUACUAUCGAAAAUCAUUCUCAAAAAGAAGGGAGAGUAAAUAGUCAAUAAUAAUAAAAAUGUUCCUCUUCUUCUUUUUCUUCGAUUGAAAUAGCAAAAAUAGAUGAAAACAGUAGAUAAUCUGAAUUUCAUUCUUUAAGUGGUGAGAAAGAAAAAUUAUGCUUCGACAAACAAAUGUCAAACAAUUUUUAGCUUAAAAACGAAUAAACAAAUAUUCAAAUAAAAUAAUUUAAACUUGAUGAAGUAAAUGAUUAAAAACCAAUAAGCAUUUCUGAUUUAUGUCUUAAUAAUGUCCAACCAUUAAAUAUACUUUACAAAAAAAAUGCUCUUCUCGAAAAAAUUUAAAAGAUUUAAAAAGAACAAAAACUAAGAUAAAAUUUGAACAAAUAAAUUGAUAUUCUAAAUUAUUAGGAAACUAAUGAAGAAUCUGAUAAGAUUUGUGAUAUAACUAUAUCUAAAGGAGAUGAUAAAAAACUAUUUUAAAAUUAAUGGGAAGAGGAUGAUUUAUCACUGUAAGAAAUUAAUAGUAAUUAAAUACAGAAUUAGUAAACCAAUAACAAGGAAGAAAGCAAGUUACCUUCAAAAAGUGAAUUUGGUUCAUUUCAAUUUUAAAACUCUUAAAGCAUGGUGCAAGAAAAACUAUCUAACAUCGAAAAUAAUAAAAAACUUACUUUUUAAAAAUUCUAAUAACAGAGAUAAUACCUAAAAAUGUAAUUAAGAGCCAUCGAAGGAAUCAAAGAUUUAAAGCUUGGUUGCAAAGUAUAUAAUGAUAACAUUUAUAUUUACGAAAAAGAAGAACCUCCUUUUUUGAGAGGCUUUAACAUUUUUUAAUGUUGUAACAUAAAUAAGAUAGUUGAUUGGUGUUAGAAUGAAUCUGAAUUUUAAGAUAAAUUCUAAUCAAAGAUAAUAGUUGAUGUUUAAAUUUAAGAUUAAUUUAAAGGUUUUUUCAAUUAGAUUUUGCUUAGACCUGAUGGCUAUUUCAAACAAGGAAAUCUUUAAUUGAUAUCUAAAUUUACAAGGAGACCUUCUUUUAUUUCGAAUGAUCCACAAAAUAGUACCCUCAUAUCACAAAAAGAAACCUGUAAAGCUAUGGAGUUUACUUUAAUUAAUCUAAAACUUGUUAAUCCUAGGGAAUUUUAUGAAGAAAUUAAUUAGUGCAAUAAAUAUCUUUAAGAUAAAACAUUUGAUUUUGAAUUUAUAGAAAUUGAAUAUUUAUAAAGAAAGUGCCAAGAAUCUCUUAAUUAUGAGUUUAAAUUAAUCUUCGAAAAAUAAAAAAUGGUGAAAUAAUUAAUAGGAGCCUUAAACUCUUUAGCUUAAAAAACUAAUUUCAUUUUUGGUAUUUCUGAUAUCGAUAAAUAAAGAAACUAAGAAAUUUACUAUGAGCAUCUCCUUAACAGCCAAUUCAAUAAAAAAAAUAUUUGUAAUACACUUGAUAAAUUCAUCAAUUAGACUCUAGAAAUUAUAAAUUAAAACUUGUCAGUACCUGGUGAUGAUGCUUAAAUAAAGGCUUGGAAAAAAUAAAACGAGAUUAGGAUUGAAAUCAAUGAGGAAGUUCUAGUUAUCGAAUUCCAAAUAUUAAAAAUAUCAGAUAAACUUUAUCCUAUAAAGAUGAUAGUUCCUUCUUCUUCUAAUUUAUUUAUGGUCAAAAAUGAAAAAUGUAAAUUGCCUAACCACCAAGGAAAUUAUACUUACGUAAGGUAAAAUGCAUCGGUUAAUAUUUUGCUAGAAAACUAAAAACCUAAUCUCUAAAUAAAAUUACAAGAAGAAGAUCUACAAGAAAUCAGUCAAUUCUAUGAAUUUAAAAAAGAAUUUCUUUCCAAAAUAAAGAAAUGA